AUGUCGUCACUGCCCGUGGAAUGUUGUGAAUUGUACAUGGAUGAAUCGAUGGCUCUGAUCCCCCUAAUUGGCGAAGACGUGUGCCUGGCCUCGGUUCAAUCCGUCGAGUCGUGGGUUUGGCCGGAGACGACUGGCGAAACCUGUCCCAUCACUACCCCCCAACAACCCGAUCAGCAGUUUGAUCGUCUCCGUGGCACCGUUUUGCAGCGUCGGGCCAAUUGCUCAUCCUCCUCUACGUCCUCCUCCCUUUCAAAGUCGUGCUCCAAGCGACUUCUUCGUCUCGACGCCGUCACCGCGCCUGCCGCCGCCGCCACCUCAUGCUCCAUCGCUCCAGCCACCACCUGCCCUCCAUGCUAUCCGCAGUCCUACUUUGGAGCCUAUCCAAUUAUGCAGGCCCACGGAGGCAACGGCAACUAUUGCCAACUCGACCAGCCCGCCCAGCAACACUUCAUCAACAACCCACAGUAUUCGAGCUAUUCUACCGUAUCCCCGUCGGCAUCGCUGUGCCAGUCUGCCCCCUCUCCAUCUCUCGCCCUCUCUCCCCCACACCUCCAGGACCUCGACCUCACGCUGUUGGAGCAGGAGCUCGCCCCAUAUCAAUGUCCUCCCGCCUACCCCGACUCGCCUGUCGAGCCGAUCCCCUUCCUCGACGACCUCAUCCUCUCCGUACGCACCGAAAUCGAGGCCACAAAAGAGCUCGACCUCAGCCCCAGCCAAAGUGCCGUCCCGUCGCCGGCUGUCUCCCGAAAACGCAGCAUCGAUGAGGAUUCGUCCUCGCAAUCGGAGACGUCCGACGAAGACUUACCCCGGCCAAAGCGUAAACCCAUCAGCCUUGCCUCGCUGACGCGCGAAGAGGCAGCAGCGCGGAAGCGCGAGCAGAACCGCGUGGCAGCCCUCAGAUAUCGCGAGAAGCAGCGCAAGUCGAAGAAGGGCGAGAUUCGCGAGGUCGAUCAUCUGAUCGCUCGCAACGAGUUCCUGGCCGCCGAGUCUAUUCGUCUGGAGAAGGAGGUUCGUGCUCUCCGCGCGUCUCUCUACAGUCAAUUCGGCAUCCCUCUACCCCCAUCUUCAACGUCGUCU